AUGCAAUUGAAUAAAUUCGUGUUCUACCGCACACCCUUGCAAUUGGCAAAGAUGAACUCAAAACAUCCAGUUUUGGGGAAACUGUGGGGAAAAUGGGCACAUUAAUUUACUGUUGGUAAAGCUGCAAAGCUGCAAAAGUCACUAAUUGUGUACACCCUUUGACUCACUGGGGGGAUUUUCCCAUAAAUCAAAGAAGAGGCAGGGACCUAAGUGUAUGACUCCUUAACAGCUAUAUUUGUUAUGACAAAGAUCUGGAAACUCAGGUGUGAUGCCCCACAAUAGGGCAAUGGCUGAAUAAAUUUUGAUAAAGGAAUAAAAUGGAACACAAAUAUGGUACAAAACAGGCAAUUUCAGUGAAACCUGGGAAGAGCUAUGUAAACUAAUGUGUAGUAUGUAAAAUCAAGAGACUAUUUGGUAAUAAUGAUAUUGUAAAGGUCACACUUUGACAGAUGCUGUAAUUAUGAUUAUUGUAUUGACCGCUGUUGCAGGGGAAUUAUCAGGAUCUGAACUACUUGUCUCCUGAAUGAGAAAUGAUGAAUAAGAGAUAUAGAAUAAAGUGAAUUUUGGGAUAUGGACAGGAGCUGAGAUCACCCUUCCUCCUGGGAGCCAGCUGUGCAUUUGAAAAGCCCCAGUAGUUUUGAACCAGGACCCUGCCCCUGUGUCUGCUGGGUGCCUUUUCCGUUGGACCUUAUCCUCCCAGUCUGACCUCUUGGCCAGCCCCUUGCCUAGGAGGUGAAGGGAAAGACGUCUCCCGCCCCAGGAUCCUUCUCCCUCCUCUGCUCAGCCUGAAGAGGACCAAGACCUGAGCCAAGCAAAAAGCCUGGAACCAGAGAGAAUGGCCCUUGGACCCCAAAGACACCCAUGGCAGGAGUCACUGACAUUCAAGGAUGUGGCUGUGGACUUCACCCAGGAGGAGUGGGGCCUCUUGGACCAUUCUCAGAAACAGCUCUACAAGGAGGUGAUGCUGGAAAACUCCCAGAACCUGCUCUCCCUGGGAAUUCCACUUCUCAGGGAAGAUUUGAUCUCCCAUUUUGAGGAAAGAGAACCGUCAUGGAUCCGGGAUCAGAAAGGCCCAAGGAACUCCUGUCCAGGGGCAGAGACUGAGUUUGAAAUAACUAAGAGUACUGCAAAGCUGAGGAUUUCUGUGGAAGAGUCUCAACAGCAAAGAUUCAUGAGGGAUGGUCCCUGUGACUUCAAUUUGAGAGAAAUCUGUGACUCAGAUAUCAAGACAGAGAAAAAUCAAAAUAGUCACUGUAAAUUUGAUAAAGAUGGAAAGGGUUUCAGACAAUACUCAGUCCUAAUUCAGUUUAAGAAAAUGACCUCAGAAAAUGGCUGUUCUCCAUGUGGGGAAAAUAGGGAAUGUGGUACUGAAAAGGUUGGGCUUAUUCAAUCUUAUGAAAAGCCUCCUGAAGUGCAAACAUAUAAAGGUAAUCAAAGGGGAAUGGCCAACAGCUUGAGUUUAGACCUUAUUAGACAACAGAAAUAUCAUACUGGAAAAAUGCUAUAUUUUUGUAACAAAUGUGGGAAGGCCUUUAGCCAGAAUUCAAAGCUCAUUGACCAUCAUAAAAUUCACACUGCAGGAAAACCUUAUGAAUGUAAUCAAUGUGGAAAGGCAUUCAGACAGAGUGCCAAACUGGCUCAACAUCAGAAAACCCACACUGGAGAGAAACCUUAUGAACAUCGUCAAUGUGGAAAGACUUUCAGAAAGAGAACCAUUCUUGAUGAACAUCAGAAAAUUCAUACUGGAGAGAAAACUUAUGAUUAUAAUCAAAGUAGAAAGACUUUCCAGCACAUCUCCAGUCUUCUUGUACAUCGGAAAAACCACACUUCAGAGAAACCUCAUGAAUGUCAUGAAUGUGGUAAAGCUUUUGGUGAACACUCUUCCCUUAUUGCACAUCAGAGAAUCCACACUAGUGAGAAACCUUAUGAAUGUAAUCAGUGUGGAAAAACUUUCACACAGAAUUCCCAUCUUUCUAAACAUCAGAGAAUCCACACUGGAGAGAAACCUUAUGAAUGUCAUCAUUGUGGCAAGACUUUCAGACACAGCUCCAGUCUUCCUCUUCAUCAGAGAAUCCACACUGGAGAGAAACCUUAUAAAUGUAAUCAAUGUGGAAAGGCUUUCACACAAAACUCUAUGCUUAUUGUACAUCAGAGAAUCCACACUGGAGAAAAACCUUAUGAAUGUAAUCAAUGUGGAAAAACUUUCCGACAGAACUCCAGUCUUGUUGUACACCAGAGAAUCCACACUGGAGAGAAACCUUAUGAAUGUAAUCACUGUGGAAAGGCUUUCAAAGAAAACUCCAAACUUGCCGUACAUCAGAGAAUCCACACAGGAGAGAAACCUUAUGAAUGUAAUCACUGUGGAAAGACUUUCCGAUGCAGCUCUAGUCUUGCUAUACAUCAGAAAAACCACACUGGAGACAAACCUCAUGAAUGUCAUGAAUGUGGUAAAGCUUUUGGUGAACACUCUUCCCUUAUUGCACAUCAGAGAAUCCACACUGGAGAGAAACCUUAUGAAUGUCAUCAAUGUGGAAAGGCUUUCACACAGAAUUCCCAUCUUUCUAAACAUCAGAGAAUCCACACUGGAGAGAAACCGUAUGAAUGUCAUCAAUGUGGAAAGGCUUUCAGACACAGCUCCAGUCUUCCUCUUCAUCAGAGAAUCCACACUGGAGAGAAGCCUUAUGAAUGUAAUCAAUGUGGAAAGGCUUUCACACGGAACUCCAGUCUUGCUGUGCAUCAGAGAAUCCACACAGGAGAGAAACCUUAUGAAUGUAGUCAAUGUGGAAAGGCUUUCAAACAGAACUCCAAACUUGCUCUGCAUCAGAGAAUCCACACUGGGGAGAAACCUUAUGAAUGUAAUCAAUGUGGAAAGGCUUUCAAAGAGAACUCCAGUCUUGCUGUACAUCAGAGAAUUCAUACUGGAGAGAAACCUUAUAAAUGUAAUCAAUGUGGAAAGACUUUCCCAUAUAGGGCCCUUCUUGCUUACCAUCUGAAAAUCCACACUGGAGAGAAACCUUAUGAAUGUAAUCAAUGUGGAAAGACUUUCACAAAUAAGUCCAGUCUUGCUAUACAUGUGAGAAUCCACACUGGAGAGAAACCGUAUGAAUGUAAUCAAUGUGGAAAGACUUUCACAAAUAGGUCCAGUCUUGCUAUACAUCAGAGAAUCCACACUGGUGAGAAACCUUAUGAAUGUCAUCAGUGCGGAAAAGCUUUCACUCAGAAUGCCAAUCUUUUGAAACAUCAGAGAAUCCACACUGGAGAGAAACCUUAUGAAUGUCAUCAAUGUGGUAAGGCUUUCACACACAACUCCAAACUUGCUUGCCAUCAGAGAAUCCACACUGGAGAGAAACCUUAUGAAUGUCAUCACUGUGGAAAAGCUUUCACACAGAACUCCCAUCUUUCCAAACAUCAGAGAAUCCAUAAUAGUGUGACGGGUGAAAUCUGAAAUAACUGAGUAAACAAAGGUUUGAGCUUCUGAACAUAUUAAUUUAUUAUGCAAUACACGCAGAACAAAUCAGGACCAACUGUCCUCGGCUUGGCACUGGAUCUCAAAUACAGGGAGAGAGGGAUAUUUUUAUGCAUUAAAAGAAAACAUUUAACGGGGGAAAACAGGAUAUAAGAUUAGGUAAUAUGAUUUCUAAUUGGAAGAAAGAUUAGGGAUUUUCCAAGUUGGGAAGGAGGUUGAAUGAGUUUCAUGAAUUGAGAGAGGAGGAGAGCAAGCAGGUGGAUUUUUCAGGAUGUAAAACAGGAUGUCACUCAAUCCCUGUGAUUAGCAAGCAGGUGGAAUUUAUAGGAAAAUGAAAUUUAAGUCUCAAAAUAGAGUCAGUUUUACAUGGAGUCAGUUUGGUUCAAAUAAGUCCCACAAUUCUCUCACUGAAGAGAAACUAUAUGAAUGUUGUCAAUGUGGAAAGGCUUUCACAUGGAAUUCCAAUUGUGCCAUUCAUCAGAGAAGCCACACUGGAGAGAAAAUUCAUGAUUGUAAUCAAUAUGGAAGGCUUUCACACAGAAUUUGCACAUCAGAGAAUCCACACUAGAGAGAAAGCUUAUGAAUGUCAUCAACAUGGAAAGGUAUUGACACAGAAUUCUAGUCUUGCUGUACAUCAGAGAAGUUACGCUGGACAGAAAGAAACCUUAUGAAUGCAAUCAGUGUUGAUAAGAUUUUCGGAGAGAGGGUUUCUCUUAGUCAACAUCAGUGAAUCUAUAGUGUAGAGAAAUCUUAGGAAUGUAAUCAGUGUGGAAAGUCUUUCAGACACAACUCCAGUCUUCCUCUUCAUCAAAGAACCCACACUGGAAAGAAAUCUCAUGAAUGUAACCAGUGUGG